AUCAUUCUGAGUCAUUGAGCUGUGUAAUCUUCAUGCAUUUCUCUUUUCCAAACUACAGUAGCAAAUAUGGCCGCAGACGCUAUCCUCGGUACUCUUUUGAAGCUGACCUUAUCCAAGGUGAUUUCAGCUACUAACGAGCAGCUCAACUUAGCUGUUGGAUUCCAUCAGGAGUUGAGGAGGUUUCAUGUCACACUGGGAAUGACCUGGGGUGUGUUAGACGACGCAGAGCAGAAGCAAGUGACAGGCCGCCCUGAUCUGAAGCAUUGGCUUGAGGAGCUUUGGAGUAUCAGUGAAGAGGCUGAUGAUCUGAUGGAUGAGAUUGCAUAUGAAAAUUUGCGACGCAAGGUAGUUUCUCAAAAAAUGCUGAAACAGGUCAGCUACUUCUUUACUCCCUUAAAUCCUCUGGCAUUUCGCCUUAAAAUGGGUAUCAAGAUUAAGAAUUUAAAUGCUGCCCUUGUUGACCUAAACAAUCGAGCCACUGGGUUAGGACUUCAACACAGACUUGCAAACAGGAAUCCUGAACCUAGAGGAAUCCAACAGACAGUCUCCCUACUAGGUGAACCAUCAAGAGUUAUAGGAAGAGAUGGUGAUGUCCAAAAAAUAGUUGAAUUGUUGAUUCAUGACUCAAGUAACCAGCAGCCUCUCUGUGUGGUUUCUAUAGUGGGUAUUGCAGGCCUUGGGAAAACUACUUUGGCAAAACUAAUGCUGGAGUCUCUUACCAAAGCUGGUUGUGAAAAUAUUACAAGCCAAGAUGUUGUGGUUCAAAAAAUAAAAGAAAACUUGGAGGGGAAAAAGUAUCUCCUCGUUCUAGAUGAUGUGUGGAAUGAAGAUAGGCUAAAAUGGGAAGACUUAAGGCAGUGCUUGCUGGGGAUAAGUAAAACAAUUGGGAGUAAGGUCCUUGUCACAACUCGAACUCAAAAUGUAGCAUCAAUGAUGGGAACAGCUCCCGCACAUGUGCAUCGUCUUGAGCAGCUUAAAGAUAAUGAUUGUUGGUCUAUAAUCAAACAUAGACUAUUUGGCAACUCAGAAUUGGAGGAAUUGGAGAAUAUUGGAAAGGAAAUUGCUAAAAAAUGUAAAGGAGUGCCAUUAAUUGCAAGUGUUAUUGGGGGGACUUUGUGCAAUAACCGGAGGAAAGAUGAUUGGUUAUCAAUUAAAGAUAAUAUUGAAGUAUGGGGUUCAUUGGAAGAGGCUAAUGGAGUUCAACGUGUGUUACAAUUGAGCUUUGAACGCCUACCAGAACUAGCUUUGAAGCAAUGCUUUGCUUUCUGUUCUAUUCUCCCCAAAAAUUUUAUCAUAGAAAGGGAGGUUUUAAUUCAACUUUGGAUGGCCGAAGGAUUUCUUCAACCAUUUAAUGAAAGAUACACUGAGAUAGAGGAUAUUGGUGACAAGUGUCUCAAAUACUUGUCUCUAUGUGGCUGUGACGGUUUGGAGUUUUUUCCAAGGCUAGAUGGGCUUUCUUCUCUUCAGUGUUUAAGUAUAGAGGAUUGUGGCGGGUUAACCAGUUUGCCAAUUAGCCUCUUUUCUUGCACUGCUCUUGAGAAAUUGACCAUAACCCAGUGCAAUAAUUUGAUGACUAUUUCUAGUAUAGAUGGGCUUUCAUUUCUUCGAGAAAUCUAUAUUUCCUAUUGUUGGCAACUGAAAAGUAUUGGGGAGAGUUUAUCUUCUUGCCCGUGUCUCAAAAAGUUGACCAUAGAGGACUGUCCUAGUCUGAUGUCCAUUCCAAGUCUGUUUGCACUUUUCUCUCUGGAGGCUUUAUCUAUAAAACGUUGCAUUGGAUUGACAAGUUUGCCAAGUGGGUUGUUCACUUGCAUCUCUCUUGAAAAGUUGACUAUAACGGAGUGUCAUAGUCUGAUCUCUAUUCCAGAGGAUUUGAAGGAACUGCAUUCUCUUGUUGAACUAGAAAUUUCAAGAUGUGGAGGAUUGCUAGAAAUCCCAGAGGAGUGUCUUGGCUGCCUUACCAGCUUGAAGCAACUGUGUAUUGGUGGUUUCUCAAAAGAGCUAGAGGAGUUUCCAAAUCUCGGCUUCAUUCAACAUGUCCACACCUCCCUUCGUCAAUUGACUUUGGUCGGAUGGGAAACAUUAAAGCGUCUGCCACGUCAAAUUCAAUGCCUAAUUGCUCUUCACCGAUUGUUUAUAGAAGAUUUUGAUGGAUUGGAAGCUUUGCCAAAUUGGUUUGGAAACUUAUCCUCUCUUCAAAAUCUGUCGAUUAACGACUGCAAUUCUCUGAAACAAAUGGAAGCUAUCCGAUGCCUCUGCAAAUUACAUUCCCUUCGAAUUUCCAGAUGCCCUGAGUUAAAGGAGAGAUGCGCCAGGGGAAGUGGCUCCGAGUGGGACUACAUCUCUCACAUUCCAAAUAUCGACAUAGACAGGCUGUCGAUCCAACUCAAAGGAGCUCCCGUUCAGCACUAGGAUGAUGAUAAUCGGCUAUUACUACCAACACAACCACGACAAUGAGAUGCCUCUUUUGUUGCAAAAACAAACAAACAGAAAGCCAAACAAGUUUCAAAAAUUGAAGGCAGGCUUCCUGGCUUGGUACCCCAACCCAGACCACAGACUUCAAUGCUUAUUUUGAAGUUAGACUUGUGAAUGCAUUCAGGCCUCUGGUUCUUCAAAUUAACCUGCAAGCAAUCA